AUGAAAUUAUUUCACGUUUUCAACGACUCUAACGACAAAAACAAUAUACUUUUUGUCACAAACAAUGACUCAGUCUAUGGUUUGGGCGCUAACUGUAAGGGGUGUCUGGGUUUGGGUCACGACAUUGAAGUAAAAACACCGCAAAUGAUACCCGAAUUGUGUGACCAAAGGAUCCGACAGUUUAUCAAUGGCUCGGACUUUGUGUUGGCUAUCAAUGAGGACAACCAUGUGUUCAGUUGGGGACACAAUCAUAGCGGACAGUGCGGUCGAAAAGUGACACCAUUUCGCGUGUAUUUAAAACCGGAAGUCAUAUCUUAUUUGAACGACAAGAAUAUUACACAUAUUUGUUGCGGUAGUGGACACACACUGGCGCUCACCACCGGUGGACAGGUGUACGGGUGGGGCAGUAAUAGCUCGGGACAGAUAGGGUGCGGGGAUAAUAAAAAUCACUACAAUCGGUUUGAAAGUUAUUUCAUGAAAUUCUUUGAGGAGUUGUCGACAAUAGGUUCGGGAGGUUUCGGAACAGUAUUCAAAGUAAAGCAUAGAUUCGAUGAACAGUUAUAUGCCGUCAAAAGAGUGCAAAUUAAAGAGUCUACUAAAGAAUACUUAGAAAAAGUUUAUAAAGAAGCGAAAAAGUUAAGUAAAUUGAGUCCAGAUUUUGUGGUUCAGUAUUACAACUCGUGGAACGAAAGCAAACACCUCUACAUUCAGAUGGAGUACUGUUCACAGAAUUUAAGGAAUAUUCUUGAAGUGAAAGCACAAGUAUUUGGCAGAGAAUUAGGAGAUGGCAUGGAUUGUGUCGAGUAUUUCAUUUCGUGUGAAAUAUUGCGACAAAUCUUAGAAAGUGUUCAGUAUUUGCAUGAAUUGGAUCCACAGAUCAUUCACAGA